AAUAUCUUCAAUAGCGACAAACAAAUAAACAUUUAUUGGACUGGACUUUGCCUUAAAAGUAUGCUUUUUAGAAAACAAAAUCCCAUGUGAUUUGUAGUCCAGUCUAAGUAGUAAGAUACAACUAAAAUCAACCAAAACAAUGCAGAAGUGAAAUGGAAAUAUCUGUACUUGAAGCAAACAAAACAAUUUCUGUGGUUAUAUAAAAUACUUUGAAAUUAUGAUAAACUUUCAAAGUAAUCAUAUCAUUGAAAAUAGUAAAUAUGCGAAAGCAAAAACAAACUCAAGUAACCCAAAAGAUGAAGGUAUAUGGUAAUUCUAGAGAAACUACAAAAAAUAAAAAAUUUGAAAGCUAAUAGGUGUUGAAAAUACUACGUACAACAUAAAAAAACUAUAAACUCUCAACUACAAAAAUAAAUAUUUAUAUUUAACAAGUAGCUGAAUCAAUAGCAGACAUUUUAAAUGUCAAAGCAAACUUCAAUUAGAAUUGCAAAAGAAAACCACACAAAUAUAAAUAAAGCCUUGCAGCUAUUAAAAUUGAAAUCAAAUGGCUAAAUAAAUAAUAGAAGAAAUUCGAAUAAACACGCAGUAGCUAAAUAAAUAUGAAGUAUGUGCAAACCUAGGAUAAACAAUGGCGUCCAAUAGUAUCUAAUAAAAAUAUGAAUAGAAAACGUAGGCAAGCAAAAUAACAACACAAGUGAAAGUAAACUUUGAUAAAUAUUAAAAUUUAGUUAAAUCAUAACAAAAGCAGUCGAACUAUAAGCACAAUGUCUAUGGCAUUAUGCAAUUUAAAUGGUGACGGCUCGGCGGCGCAGUCGACGUCGCAGUCGCAGUCGCCGGUCGCAACCGCCGCAGCAGCUCCGUUGCUGUCUCACUCGCACUCGCACACGCUACAGCAGGAGAGUACGCCGCUGCUCUUGGGACACGAGCAGAGCGGCAGCGCUGCGGCAGAGGGCAGCGGCGGCGGUGACGUCACUGACGGAGCGGUAACUUCCAUUGAAAUGCCCACUGUUGUUGCCGACGAUACCGGUGUACCGCCGCUGCCUGUGCCUGUGCCGCAGUCAACACCGCAGCCGCUGCUUAUGGCUCUGCCCGCCAGUUUAAACUUCAUAACGGGACCCACGACUCAGCAAUUGAUGAUCGGUAAUGGCGCCAUGGGCGUAAUUCCCUCGACCAAUGACAGCAACAAUAACAACAACAACAAUGUGGACAAUACUAGCGACGAAUCGAACCCGGUCACCAUUUACAGGUGCCGGGCUCCCAUUGCGUCACUCGACUGUAUGGAGGAGUUCAGUGGUCGUUCGAUCAGUUUGGGCUCCAAUCCGGCGCUACCACUGCGUCAUGGAUCCACACCGACGCCGGGGCUGCGGUACAAGAAUCUGGGCAAGAGCGGGCUGCGUAUCUCGAAUGUGGGAUUGGGUACCUGGCCGGUCUUCUCGCCAGGCGUGAGCGAUGACCAGGCGGAGGCAAUCCUUAAGCUGGCCAUCGAGAGCGGAAUCAAUCUGUUCGACAUCUCGGAGGCGCACUCGGAGACGGAGAUCGGCAAGAUACUGCAGCGGGCGGGCUGGAAGAGGACCGCCUAUGUCAUCACCACGAAGGUCUACUGGAGCACCAAGUCGGAGGAACGGGGCCUCUCCCGGAAACACAUCAUCGAAUGUGUUCGAGCCAGUUUGCAGCGAUUGCAGCUGCAGUACAUCGAUAUCGUCAUCAUCCACAAGGCAGAUCCCAUGUGUCCCAUGGAGGUGGUGCGCGCCAUGAGCUACGUGAUACAGCAGGGCUGGGCAAUGUACUGGGGCACUGCUCGAUGGAGCCAGGUGGAGAUCAUGGAGGCCUACACCAACUGCCGCCAGUUCAACUGCAUCACGCCCAUUGUGGAGCAGUCCGAGUACCACAUGUUCUGCCGCGAAAAGUGCGAGCUCUACCUGCCGGAGAUGUACAACAAGAUCGGAGUGGGCCUCAUGGCCUGGGGUCCACUCUCAAUGGCCCUCAGCGACACCCAGAAUGGGGACAAGCUUUUCCUGCCCAAGGGCUCCUUCAAGACGAAGAGCUUCUCCUGGACCGAGGACGAGAUCAAUCGUAAUGCCGCUCUGUCACCGCAGGGCAGUUGGGGUAAGGACCGGAUCGAUGAGGGGCGCCGCCACUGCGACCGCCUCCGCGACCUUGCCGCCCUCGCCGAGAAACUGGGCUGCAGCCCCACCCAAUUGUCGAUCGCCUGGUCGCUGAAACAUGAGCCAGUGCAAUGCCUGUUGCUGGGCGCCACAUCGGCGGAGCAGCUGCACCAGAGUCUGCAGUCGUUGCAGCUGCUGCCACGACUCUCCUCGAGCGUUAUGCUGGAGCUGGAAAGGAUAUUGGAAAACAAGCCGGUGCGGCCGCCGAUGAUCUCGACCUUGGCGCUCCGGUGACAAUCAGCGUGCCCGCAGGGGCCGCUCAGCCUGAGCGGAGGCGGACCCUGCGGCGCCGAUUCGCCCAAGCACGAGGAUGAGGCCUUCAUCGAGGAGGUGGACGCUGCCAAGGACGCUGCCAAGCAAGGCUUCUGCCUCAUCCAGUGACAAAAGGAGUCCUUAGAUAACGAUAAUAAAUUUUUGAAAGUGAUUAGCAGUAAAACUAGCCUAAGUAGCAAUACCAUGACGACAACAAUAAGCAAGCAGGAGCAGCAGCAGCAGCAGCAGCAGCAACAGCAGCAGCAACAUCUCCAGCCUCAGCAGUAUGUGCAACUACAGCAGCAACAUUUGGUGGCCAGCGGCAGCACCAGCGAUUCGGCAGCUGUCCCCAUCGCAGCUGAACUCCAGUUCGACUCCCUGAAUAACAAUAGCAACAACAACAAUAAUAAUACCAAUGGCAGUCCGGAACAGGCACUGCCCUCCAGCGAUGAUCGCCAGAAACGUCGCUCCCUGCUCAACUUCAAGUCCCUGGACUUUCAUCUAAAGUCCCUGUACAGUGGCCUACGGAGUAACUCAGGCACAACUCCACCCAGCCAACCGAAUAGCUCCGUUCCGGCGGUGGAUCAACCGCAGCGUAGGAUGCCCUACUUGCGGGUGGAGAGUGUGGAUCCCGAGGAGCCGAGAGGAUCAGUUCUGCCAGGACAUUCGCCCAGCUUUCUGUCACCCUACAGUGGCGUUGGCGGUGGAGCCGGAAACCUGCAGUUGCCCUCAACCGAUGGAGGCACCAUCAGGAGAUCCUCAACAUCCGACAUUGUUAAUUGCAGGCGGGGAGGGGGAGCAGGGGGAUCAGGCGGAGGAGCAGCCUCCGCCCAGGACAGCAGGAGGCCGAGCACAUCGGAUUUGCUCAGGAAGGCAAGGGAACGGAAGGGCAGUGAGGCCAGGAUGGGCAGAAGUGUCUCCCACAGUGGGCUAACCAGAGGCGUACCCGGCGGAGGAGGUGGUGGCCUGGGCAGAAGACGAACCAGCAUGGCCUUCUAAAAAAAAAAAAUAAUAGUGAAAAAAACUAUGGAAAAAAAAACUUAAGCAAUGAGGGAUGGCGAAAAAAAACUGUUGAUCAAAUCUGAAUCAGAAAUAGGCUGACAAAAUGGCGCUUAUGAAUUUUUAUCUAGUGAAAAGAAAAUUUAAAGAAAAAACAAGAAAAAAAUAACAAUAAUAGAGCAGCUAUUAAGGAACGACUUUUUUGUGGAUCUAUUAUCAUUAUGAUUAUUAUAUGGUUACUACAAUUGCGCCUCGAAAGAACUAAAGUUAGUAGAUAAAUUAAAGCAAGUAAUGAACAGAAACAUAACCUUUCAUCUCUCUUAAACUCUGUAUCUCUCUCUCUCUCUCCCCUCCCGGCAAAUUUAAUAUAUAUAUAAAUACAUAUAUAUUUAAAGAACCCCCAACUUUUAUGACAAUAUUAGAACCUAACUAUCGUGUACUAUCGUUAACUAUCGCCUGGCAAAAGCUCUAAAGCUAACCUGCGUUCCAACCCAAAAACCAACAAUGAUUCAAGAUCGAUCCAUUAUAUCAGCGCACUGUGAAAGUUCAUAUCAAGCCAGAAGGAUAAAGCAUGGAGGAUAAAGGAUGAAGGAUACCCAAAUAUGUACUAUGCUAUGGGAUAGUGUCUUUUUCAUUAAUCGAUUAGUAGACUUAACGAGUGUUAAACGAUUAACGAUUGACUUGCGGCGAGGCGCUGAAAAUGGGGAGCGAGUAGCGACUAAAGAUUACUACAUAUAUACGAAACGAAACAGCAAUGGAGUGCUCGUCGUAUGAAUAAAUUUUAGCUAAA